GUCGAGCCCCGGAUGUGGCGGCGCCUGCCAUCCGGCUGACUGUGCGCGUGCGCCGCGGCGUCCGCCGGCUGACCGGGAACGCGCACGGCGGUAGGGCGACGUGGGUGGCUCUGCCUCUCGCCGGACCAUGAGCAUCAUCAAUGACUCCAACAGCCACCUUGAGGAGGUGACUGAGGGGGCUGAUGCCAUCGCCUCUGUGAACAAUCUGGGAUGCAAGCAAGCCUUGACUACAGAUUACCUGGAUUCUGGCUACCAAAGAGGAAAGCUAUACCCAUUCUCCCUUAGCAGAGAUCUCCAAAUGGUCACAUUCACUCUCACAAAUGCAGCUCCCAUGACCCCAAUCUUCCAGGAACAGUGGUACAUGAAUCUCAACAGCCUGAUGGAGCAGGCACUGAGCCCACAGUGUGGCAGCGGGGAAGACCUAUGUAUCACCACAGGCGCUGUGCCCUCAGACCGCAAAGUUAAAGAUAAAGUGGCCAUCCCUGAGUUCGUCUGGCUGGCAGCCUGCUGUGCUGUCCUUGGAGGAGGCUGGGCCAUGGGUUUUGUGAAGCAUACCUGGGACGGUGACAUCAUAGAAGAUGUGAUGGUGAAAGAACUUGAGAAACUGCCUCCAUAGAAGCAGUUUCAGAACAACUGUGGUGAAACUGAGCAAGACACAGAGAAAAUGAAAAAAAUCUUGGAAAUGGUGAACCAAGUCCAGGAUGAAGAGCGAAGGGCCAAUCUACGGAAGGCUCCAGCCCCAUCUCCAGCACAAGGAGCGAGGGAUUGGCUGUCACCUGCAGAGGCACCUACGGAUGGGAGCGGCUUUUGGGAGAGGCUCAUGGGCUUCAUUGCCACCCCAUUCAUCAAGCUCUUCCAUCUGAUUUCUUACCUUGCAGUAGGAAUCCUGAAGAAUGUUGUGUAUUUCCUGUGGUAUGUCACCAAACAAGUGACCAAAGGCAUAAAAAGUUGCCUUUACCACCUUGGUUCUGCCACCAUCUCAUACUUCAUUGCCAUCGGGGACGAGCUGGCGAGCAUUCUCUGGAAGGUGCUCAGAGUCACGGCCAAAGUCAUCAGGGCCAUUCUCCGGAUCCUUUGCUGUCUGAUGAAGGCCAUUUGCCGCAUUCUGGGUGUCCCAGUCCGAGUCAUUGUGGAUGUGGCCGCUUUUCCCUUGUAUAUGGUGGGUGCAAUUCCAACUCUGUGCAAGGACAUUGCCGUGGACCUCGGUGGCACCCUCUCUCUGCUCUUUGACACAGCUUUUGGCACCAUGAGUGGCCUUUGGGUGGUUUUUGGCGUCUGCAAGAGUAUUGGCUACAAGGUCACUUUUGACAAUUCUGGAGAGUUAACAAAACUCAAAAGACUAAUAGUGCCCAGUUGCAGUGAAUAUGAUUUUUUAAAUAGAGGAAGCUGAAAUAUUUUGUCUUUACAGUGGGUUUUUGUUCCCUGUCAAUUAUCAUCAUAUUUUGGCCUUGGUUAGGGGGUGUCUGCAUGUUUUUGCCUAAGAAGAUGGUACAAUUUAGACUUGACCCAAGAGAAGUGCUUCUGGUGGGAUUCUGUAUAGGUCAUCUGCUGAGAUAUGAGCAAACUUCCAAGCUAUUAGAAUCUUUAGUUAUUCACUCUGUUACAGAUUAAUUUGUGGUAAUUAAAAAUUACAGAGGAAAGAAGAAUUAGAAUGAGGUCAACUUUAAGCAAAAUGUUUCUGGGAAAAGGAGAAAAGAAUCUUGUUUCUCCUAUUACUCUAUGAGACUUAAGGCAAAACUGAUAUAAAUAUUCUUAGCCAAUUUGUUAUCAUAUGUUUUCUUCCUCUCCAACUCAUCUGGACUUGGUGAAGUGACAACAUGCUUCCCUGUUGAAAUAACUUUCUUAGAGAUGUAGAAUCUGUUAUACCCCUUAGCUUUCCAUCUCUCCCAAGGACCUGUCUUGGGUUAAUAUUUUCCUCCAAAGUUGAAUUUUGUUGCAUUUGUCUUUUAGGUAAUGAUAAACAUUUUACAUCAAAUGAGGCAUAACCAAGUUUGAAUGCAAGGGCAAAAACUCUUUAUUUCUUGAACAAUAUAGUAUAGUUCUCUCUGGUAUAAUGAAGAGAGUGCAGGGCUCACAGCCCUGCUGUGAGUAGGUGCUAUAAGUCUGAGGACAUCCUUAGCAAGCUUGGAUUAACUCGAUGUACAUCAAAUCUCUGGCUAACAAGAUUGAGCUCAGAGAUCUACAUUUUAGGCUAAUAUGAAAAUUCAUAUUCUGCAAUAUAUUUGUUUGGUCUUUCUUAUGCAUCAAGUAAAUACCUAAUACAGUAAGACACUCUGACUUCUGUCCUUAAUGAUUAUUUUUGUAUAAUAGAUUGUUUGGGAUUGUUGAGUAUAAAUGUAUAGAAAACUAAAGAAAAACUAAGCAUCUCAGAAAAAAAUAUAUCCAUAUCCACUUAUAUCCCAGUUUAUGUGGGUAUAAACUUGCUAAGAAUCAUUCUCUCCUAGGAAAUUAUUUUUAGUGUGUUUGAGGCUAGAAAACAUAACCUUCCCAUUAAUGCAAGCUUGAUUUGAGAGCUAAUCCCCAAUUUUUUGAUCAAGCAUUGGUCAUUUUAAAUCUUGUGCUGAGAAAGAAAACAGAACCUCCCAAACUUUUCUCUGCCAUUCUCAGCCUAGAUGGAAUCACCUUGGUUUUUCUGAGGGUUCUAAAGACUUGCUGUGAGGCAGAAAGGGGCCAAGUGUGAAAUACUGAUCUGGGGGUUGCAGGCCACCAAUUUUAUCUGACCAUUAGAUGCAAAAACUUGGGAUCCAGAAAGGCAGUAAGGAGAAAGUGAUGGGUCAACUAUUUGCAUCAGGUUGGUUUAAGAAAUGUAAGUGUAGCGAGAGUUACAUUUUGCAGAAAAAUAAUUGAAUUGCACCAGAGUAGAAGAGUAGCCAUGCUAAUCAGUUAGUGGUGCAAUGUUGGGGUCUGUGAACACUGAACUGGUGCAUGAUAGAGAAAUAUGCACUAGACUUAUCUAAGAAUCUUAAGCAGUGUUUUACCAACACUUCUGUUUGUGAGCAUAUAAAUCUGUAGCUGGGUUUCCCUUCAUUUCAGCAGCAGGAACACACACGGAAGGGUGGGGGUUUGCCUUAGUGCUGAUGGGUCAAGAAUCUUGCUGGAUGAAAAAGAGAUCUUAGGUGUGACCAGGGAGGUGCUCUGUCCAAAGCCCCACGUGAUGGGGGACUUGAGGCACAGGGAGACAGCAGGCUUGCCUUCAGUCUCCUUGCCAGCUGAUGGCAGAUUCGCAUGUGUCCUGUUAUACUUGGGAUGCCAGAGACGUGGUGUGUGUCACUGUUCACCUGCUCCCGUAGCAGGGUCUUCUCCUUCACCCGUCAGACAGACUCUAGGCCCUGACUCAUCAACUGGAUUCAUCCCAUGUGAUGAAACAAUUAGCCCUCCAUGCACUGCGCCAUGCUUACUGCCUCCCGCAGAACCUGUGUUCCCUCACUGUAAUGGAUGUGAAUGCUGAAAGGCCCAAAGAGGGCAACCGUGGCAUCUGGAGCCCGUUGGCACCAUGCAAGGAGCAGGGCAUCCUAACUGCUUCUUGAGAGCCAUUUGGAAAUGUCUUCUUUUUUUACUCUUAGUUAUUUAGUGUCUUAUUUAUUUAUUCUUAUGUGGUCUUUUUUGAAAUUGGGGAAGGGAUUUAAAGCACAAGUAUCCUUCAGGUGAGGUGGCUGAGACCCUCCACUCUGGACUACUGGGGUUGGCUGUGCCUCCAGUUCACCGGCGCCAGCCGGCAGCUGCCUGGGCUGAUGCACCCCACCUCUGGUUUGAAGAUUUGUCUGUGGCUCUGUUGUGUUCUCUGGCUCUUGCGGAGAUUGCCAACUCUUCAGUAGCAUGGAGCUGAUUUUCUAGUCUGGGGACCAGCCACAUGUUUGCACACUCCUUUUUUCCAUUGUGCCUUUUGAAUGGCUUCUUACUCAGCAUCCUCACUCCCACCUAAAUGCAGAGAAGGAACCAGAGCUCAAGCAAUCAUUCACUCAGUCAUUCAUCUAUCAAAUGUGUAUUUGAACAUCAAGUUUCCAGAGAUCAGCAAUACAUGGAUCCUGUCCUUGAGUGCAAAAAUUUAGUGGGGAGAACACAUGGUGCAAUUGGUACAUGUGACAUCAUGAUAAAUGUUACCAUGAAGGUACUAGAAGCAUGCUCCCUAGAGCACAGGAGGAAGCACCACAGAACCAUGGAAGUUAGGGAAGCCUACAGAGGAUGUGGCAAAUAUCAGUUUGACAUUUUCAAGCUAUGUACAAUGCUGUGCACCUUGCAAUGCUCAAUAAAGUAACAAUUGACAACUCA